UGCGUCAAGUUGUUUGUAGUUUUGCUCUUCACAUAGUCUGCUGUAAAGCAGCAAGCGUCGGUCGUUCGUCAUAUCGGUGAGGUAGUUUUGCUUGAUCCGGUACUCGACGACGUGGUUGUAGUUCUGGAAUCUUUGUUCCUGUCGUACUGGCGUGGAAUGUUUGAGUGAAUGCGCGCGCGAGUUGAAAAAGUGGUAAACUUACUCUCGUCUGUCGGUGAUAUCGCGUGUGCUUUCUGUGGCCCGUUUGCGUGCUGAUAACGAGGAAAACUGUGAAAUAAUGUGAGUUGGUAUCGUUAGAAUUUUGAUGAACAUUGAAAAGUAUUUCGUCGGAGAAAAUCAGUGAAAAAGAAACCUAAAAACCGUGAAAAAUCAGUUCUGAUAGGAAAAAGUAAAAUUGAUGACCAUUGACCCGGUGUGUUUUGUUUCCAAACCGAAUGGAUCCUUGGAAGUGAACCCGACCAAGUGAAUAACCUCAUAACGAAGAACCUCAAAUUGGAAUAGUAAACCGAAAUAGGUGUUGUAUCAACACUCGUGUGCAGCCGUGCUAAGAUGGACAUCAAGUCACUGUCGGACGUUCAGAAGCAGAUUUUUCAAAACCUGGUCGAGAAGUUGAUCGCACGCAACAAAUUUCCUCCCAGCGAAGCAGAAGAUGUUCAGAAGCUGCUAGAGAAUGUGCGUGAUGCGAAGAAUUUCCACAAGAUCAUGGAGAAGCUGAAGGAGUGCGGCCAACUGGACGUGGAUAUCGAGGAAAACUUUCGCGAAGAGAAUGGAUUUUUUCUGAAAGAAGGCGCGAAAAAGUUUGGACCCGGCGGUCAGACUCUCACCCCGAGACACACCAUCGACGCAAUACUAGGUUUGAAUCAUUGUGAAAAUGGAGGCGACAGCAGCGACGCCACCGAUCUGAGUGCUUCCCCAGUGGGUCACAUCAAAGUGUGCGACCAGCAGCAAAUGCUUGCCAAAUCGGUUCCCCUCGGGAGCCAAUACAUGAGCAGUCCCUCGCCGGAUCGGUUCCAGCAGCUUACCAACUACCAGAAUCACAUCAAGAGUCUCGAUUUUGCUGCCUCGCUGGAUUCGUCCGGCCUGGGACCGGCAGCGGGACAUCAUCAUCAAUCGCAUCAUCCGGGGCUACAUCCGGGACAUAAUGCGCUUCCUUCCCACGCCGAACUGGAGUACAUGAAGUCGCUGAAGGAAAACAAUAAAUAUUUCGUCGAUCGAAACUAUCGGACCGCAUUGGGGUACGGAAAUCCUAAAUAUGGCGGGGGAGGACCCGGCAGUGAGGAUGGCAACAGCACUGUGAAUGACUACGAGGAUGAGCUGUCUUCUUCGGCGACGGCAGCCUCGACUGGUCUUCUGAAGCGAAAAUACUCCGACAAUGACGAUCAUCUGUUGGAUGGAGGAAGUGGCGGAGCCGGUAGCGGACCCGAUAGCAACCAGAUCGAAGGGUCCAUUAACAAAUACAGCAAACUGCAUGACUCAGCCGAUAAAUCAAUUAAGGCUAAUAGUUUCGAUUAUAUGAAAAAUUUCGACGAGCUGCGAGCUCGACAAGCGGCGGCUUUCGAUGCUGAGCAGCAACUUCAACAACAACAACAACAACAGCACCAACACCAGCAGCAGCAGCAGCAACUUCACCAACAAACACUUCAUCAUCACCACCAACAACAGCAACAGCAACAACAACAACAUAACGUUCAAUCUCAGCAUCAGAUUCAACAGCAGCAGUCAGCUCCCCACUCGCAACAGCUGCCCACUGGGUCUUCGAUUCAUGGUUCGGUUCCCUCGGACCAUAGACCCGAUGAUUACAGGUUAGGACCGAACAACGGUCCCGGCCAGGAUGGAUCAGACAAAUUAGGUGAAGACGGCGGUAUCAGUUAUGCCUCCAGUGAGGAAAUGAAUCAGACGACGUCCAGCGAGCAGGGCGAAAAACUGGGCUCCGGAAGCGAUGACGAAGGUGGCGAAGACGGCUGCUCGAAAAAGAAACACCGACGAAACCGGACCACCUUCACCACCUACCAGCUGCACGAACUGGAACGAGCCUUCGAGAAAUCCCACUAUCCGGAUGUGUAUUCGCGGGAAGAACUGGCGAUGAAGGUGAAUCUACCGGAGGUCCGCGUUCAAGUUUGGUUCCAGAAUCGACGGGCAAAAUGGCGCCGCCAGGAAAAAUCGGAAAGCUUGAGGUUGGGACUGUCACAUUUUUCGCAGCUACCGCAUCGACUAUCCUGCAAUGGAGCAAAUCUUCCGGUUGAUCCGUGGCUAUCGCCACCCCUUCUCUCGGCACUUCCCGGUUUUCUCUCUCAUCCGCAAGGUGUCUACCCGAGCUAUCUGACACCCCCACUAAGCCUGAACCCGUCUAAUCUAGGCAUGACAAAUCUCGGGUUGGGGCACCCGAACGGACCGCAGAACCUCAGAAUAUCCCCGCAGGGAAUGCCAACGAUGUCAUCCCAAAUGGGUGGUCCCAAUAUGCGCCUAUCCCCGCCCCAUCCCAAUGGAGCGAUCGCCCCGCAGAACCUAUCAAUGGCUCCACAGCAAUCGCUCACCCCGCGACACUCUCCGCUCGGUGGCCAUGGGGCUCUAGGCGGGCAACCGCCACCGCCGCAACCCCCGCAGCUAGCUUCUGUAAAUAUACCCAUAACAUCAUCACCACAAAAUCUAUCACUAACGCCACCUGGUUUAAGAUCGCCGCCAAGUUUAAGUAGCAGUACCUCCAACAACAACAAUAACAACAACAACAACAAUGUUGGCUCUGGCCACCCACUUAGCCCAAAUUCGUCAACCACCUCGUCGCCUACUUCGACCUCGGGGCUGAAAAUGGGCAACCACCCGCCUCAGGAUAGUCCACAGGAUGGCAGUAUCAUCGAACAACAGCAGCGGCUGCUCGGCCAUCUCGGAAAAGAUAGCGCCCCGGGCAAUGGGGCCGCCCUCAAUAUGACCGUGAAUCAUUCGACCGACAUGCGGACCAAUUCGAUUGCCACCCUGCGCAUCAAAGCCAAGGAACAUCUGGAGAACAUUAACAAAGGCAUGACCACGAUGGUGUAAUAGUGGGAGACCGACUAGCUCCCGAUGGUGAAAAUGUUUCCUAUUUAUUAUUACGAUAGCACUGUUAGAUAAGGUCAAAUUACGAAUAAGCGCUCCGUAUGAUCUCCGGAAUUGUGCGGCCGAAAACCCGUUGUUUGGUUGCUGAAACAAAUUAACAAAAGUACUAAUUAGAUAACGAUGGAUUAUUAUUCAAUUGAAAUUAAAACUAUUCUUAGUGUAUCAGAAAGCCAACAAUUCUGUCGAGAAGUUAUCCGUUCUGGUAUGUGUAAUAAGGAAUGACUCAUUUCGGGCUAGGUAUAACAGUUAACAAGUGUACAUACCGGUAUUACGUGAAGCUUGAAUGUCUGGAGCGGAACAAGAAAGAUGCGCCUUGCCUGAUUUGUGGCAAGAAAAGUUACGAUCAUUUUUUCUCUGUACAUAUAAAACUUAGCAUUAGUAGUGUAAUUUUAAAAUAGUUAAUUAGCUAUGAGAAUGAGGUGCUGUUCUCAUCGUGUAUAAAAAAUUGCUAAAUUAGUGGACAUUGACGGCAGGCUAUUGAAAAUUGCUAUGAUGAAAUAAAAUAAGUGCAAAAUUGAAAAUCUCACUGUUUCGUUGUUUCGAAAUCCUGUCCGAUUCCCAAGAUACGCUAUCUUCAGUUGCUAUACAGUAAAAAAUAAUGUAAAUCAAUAGUAUGAUAAA